AUGGCUUCUACUACACCUUCUGUUUCCUCUUAUAUCUCCAACAGAAUCUACAACCUUUCAUUCACACACUCUUCCAUUUCUCUCACGUCAAACCAUCCUCAAAGACCCAUUUCCCAUAAACCCCUCAAUCUCAUCCUCAAGUCUCAAAGUUUCACUCUUUCCCCUCUCCCACUUCAAUCUCUUCAACCCCCAUUUGCUGCAGCAGAUGAAUUUGAAACUACUCAAGACAACAUAGUUUCUCAAGAGGAACAAGAACAAGAAACAGAACCAGAAACAGAACAGGAAACCUCUGAUAAUAAACCACAGAAAGAGGAAGAACAGAAAGUGUCAACCUCGGACGAUGCUGGAAGACUCUAUAUUGGAAAUUUGCCGUUUUCAUUGACUUCUUCCGAAUUGUCUGAGAUCUUUGCAGAAGCUGGCACUGUCGUAUCUGUUGAGAUGGUCUAUGAUCGAGUUACAGCCAGAAGCCGGGGAUUUGCAUUUGUUACAAUGAAGAGUGUUGAAGAAGCUGAAGCAGCAAUUCAAAUGUUUGAUGGCUCUCAAGUUGGUGGUAGGAGUGCUAAGGUGAACUUUCCAGAAGUGCCUAAAGGGGGUGAAAGGUUAGUAAUGAGGCAAAAAAAUAGAAUCAGCAACCAAGGCUUUGUAGACAGUCCUCACAAGAUCUAUGCUGGAAACCUUGGCUGGGGAGUGAACUCUCAGGAUCUUAGAGAUGCCUUUGCAGAACAGCCAGGAAUAUUGAGUGCUAGAGUCGUCUAUGAGAGGGACAAUGGAAGAUCUCGAGGUUUUGGGUUUGUUACUUUUGAAACUGCUGAGGAUUUACAGGCUGCUUUGAAUGCUAUGAAUGGCAUGGAGGUUCAAGAUCGGCCGUUGCGAUUGAAUUUGGCUGCAGAGAGGAAAUCUUCAUCUCCUCCAACAGUAAUUGAGGAAAGUACAUCAAGCAAUGUUGAUAGUUCGGAAUUGGUGUCUAGCGCAAGUGCUUGA